UCCACCAAAUCAUUCGUAACAUUUUUAAAAUAAGAUAUACAAACAUUUAUUUCGACCGUCUUCAGUAAUUUAAUUUCACCAGUAGAUACAACUCAGUUUUCAAACUGUGUGUCCUUAUUUUUUUACCGUUGUUUAACAUAUAAUUAUCACGGGGAGUAUAAAUUGUGAGGCGGGAAAUAGCCUUUAAUCGAUUAAGUAUUAUGUUUUCUCGUAUUCUUUCUGACGUGAACAAGAUGUUUUUUAGAGUUUUAUAUACGUUUAGUCUCUACUUAGUAUUUACGAAUGCUUACGAAGUCGAUAGCUAUGAUUUUCUCAUGCCCAAUGUCUGGCCGCAUAGGGACGAGUUGUACCUUUGCACGCCGAUCAGGAUUUCACCACAGACCAAUUAUUACAUAGUGGGUUUCGAACCAAACGCGUCGAUGCACACUGCUCAUCACAUGCUCCUGUAUGGCUGUUCAGACCCGGGCUCCAAUGAUUCAGUGUGGAGCUGUGGUGAGAUGCAAAGCAACGAGAUCGAUGAUAUGUACAGUACUGCCAGUCCCUGUCGUUCUGGAUCACAGAUUGUAUACGCCUGGGCUCGAGAUGCACCAAGCCUGCAUCUGCCUGAGGAUGUCGGCUUUCUUAUUGGCAGGGACUCGCCCAUCAAGUACUUAGUACUGCAAGUACAUUACAUGCAUGGUUUCCCAGGGGGCAAGACCGACAAUUCUGGAGUAUUUCUCAAAUAUACGAAGAAACAUAUGCCACGACAAGCGGGCGUGAUACUCCUCGGCACAGGUGGAAUGGUACCUCCCAAUGGCAUUGAGCACAUGGAAACAGCCUGCACCGUCCGCGAAGACAAGGUCAUACACCCGUUUGCUUUUAGGACACAUACCCAUGCUCUCGGUCGUGUUGUAUCUGGAUACGUAGUACGCCGAAAGAACUUCGGUGACGUAUGGCAGCUUAUCGGAAAGAAAGACCCCCAGUUACCACAAAUGUUCUAUCCGGUGGUGAACGACUCGCCAAUAGGCAGAGGUGACGUUUUAGCCGCUCGCUGUACCAUGAACAACACUCACGACUACCCUGUUAACAUUGGAGCUACAAACAAGGACGAAAUGUGCAACUUCUACCUAAUGUACUGGGUGCAGGAUGACUCUCCUCUAGAACAGAAGUACUGUUUCUCAGCCGGGCCUCCCUUCUACUUCUGGCAUAAGGCGCCGUUGAACUUCAAUCGUAUUCCAGAACUGGAAGCCAGCACGUUGUAAAUCACAAGGUAUUAGCUAAUUUAUGACGUACGAGGGACUAAUCGACUUUUUCCAUUAACUAACGAAUUCGGCUGGUUGUAUUGAAAUGCGAAUGCAUAAAUCGAUAGACUUAAAGCUGCGUAUUUAAUUAUUAGUUAGUAUCGAGACUUCUUUGUGAUGGAUAUUACGUAUAUUUUGUUACUAUUGCUACACGAUUGAGAUUGCACUUAAAAUAAGCUAGUAGCCCGUCCUAACUUUCUCUAGAUUAAGAAAUAUGCAAAAUAUAUGUCCAUUAUAUGUAUAUAAUAAUGUAAAUCCCGCUUUCUCUUGGUCCAUGGCAUUACGCGUGAACGGCUGGACCGAUUUCGCUAAUUCUUUUUCUGUUGUUUUUGUUGUCAGAACGUUUGUAUGAAAGAAAAAAUGUAGAAAGUUAUGCGGAACAUUACAAAAAUUGCAAAUUACAUAAUAAAGAUAGGAUUUUUUGCAUAUACACAGUCACAAAAAUGUCUUAUAUUAUUAGGUUAGAUGAUAAAAAAAAUAAAUUGACUAGUCAUUUCUUUUUAGUGAGCUAUAUAGAAAAUUAAAAGUCGAAUCGUAUAAUGCAAUUUAAAAAUCCUAGUAUGAUUAGUCCCUUAUUCGUCUAUGCUCUGGAUUAAGCGGUCAAUUGAUCUUGGUGUAUAUCAUAUUUAUGAAUAUUUAUUGCAGUGUUUGUAUUGUCUUUUAGAAUAAUUGUAUAUUUGCAAAAAUAUUAUACUAUUUGAGAUCUUGCAAAAUUUGCUCGCCUAUAUUUCUGAAACCAGUUGUUGAAUAGUUCUUAUGUUAUUAUAUAUGAUUAGACAGAUAUAUGAAUAAGCAUGACAAAUAGAGUUGCAUUUUAGUAUAGAUCUGUCUGUCACAAAAUUGAAUGCUUACAAUCCGCAACUAGGAAUAAAAGUAAGUUCUAUAAUUUUACUGUGAUUAACUUACUUUGAGUUUACUUUUAAACAUCGGUUUAGUAAAAGAAUAGUGUUUUAGAUGUCAUAUUCUAUUUAAAUUUUUAGUAGAG